UGGUAAACCAAAGUCAAUUGUGUGGGGAACGUACAUUAAGCAGGGAAACCAAAUUUCUAAAGGUCAUUGGAGCGCAACAUGUAAUUAUUGUAAUGAGUAUUGGUACAAAGGCUCCCCUGCUGCUCUUGAAAAUCAUUUAGGUAAUUUAUGUAAUAAAGCUCUACCAGAUGUUCGUAGCUUAUUUUUAGAUCGAUUAGCAACAAGAGAACUUGAUGCAUCAACAUCAAAAAAAUGA